CCAAUUCUCAAUCCAAAAUUCCCAUGUCGGAUCCAACCCUUCCUUCGAACUCUCCGAACCAGCCUAUGUCCGACAGUCCAGCUUCCGACGGCGGCGACCCUAUUCAGGAGGACCCUCUUCUAAAAUCUGGCAGUUUCAUUGAACCAACUUUCAAAGAUGACCACCCAGCGCGAAACGGCGAUGUGCAAAGCCCUAAUCCCCUGCAUGAAGCUGAACCAUCCUCCGCACAAUCGAAGCGCCCUUUCAAACCUGUCUCUGCGCCGGAGAGGCCGGAUUGGCUGCCGGAAGGUUGGGGAUUUGAUUUCAGGAUCCGAAACUCCGGUGUCUCUGCAGGGACGUAUGAUAGGUACUACAUCGAUCCUGUUUCAAAUCGACGAUUUAGGUCAAAAAAGGAAGUGGAGCAUUACCUUGAGACAGGAAUGCUCAAACGACCAACUUUAGACACAGCAGGAAAUGUAAGCCUAAAACAAAUAUAAAUUUCUCAACUUUUG